AUGGAGAGAAAUUGGAGAGGGAGCGCAGCGGGAGCAGAGAGGGAGAGGGAGCAGAGAGGAAGCAGAGAGAUAGAGGAAUUGGAGAGGGAGCUUAGCGGGAGCAGAGGGAGAGGGAGCGGAGAGGGAGCAGAGAGGGGGAGAGAAUGGAGAGGGAGCGAAAGGGGGACGGAGCAGAGAGGGGAAGGAGGCAGAGAGGGGAAGGGAGCAGAGAGGGCGAGGGAGCAGAGAGGGAAUGGAGAGGGAGCGGGGAGCAGAGAGGGAGAGGAGGCGGAGCGGGGAGCAGAGAGGGAGAGGGUGAGAGCGAUUGGAACGGGAGUGGGAGCAGAAAGGGAGAGGGAGCAGAGAGGGGGAGAGAAUGGAGAGGGAGCGAAAGGGGGACGGAGCAGAGAGGGGAAGGAGGCAGAGAGGGGAAGGGAGCAGAGAGGGCGAGGGAGCAGAGAGGGAAUGGAGAGGGAGCGGGGAGCAGAGAGGGAGAGGAGGCGGAGCGGGGAGCAGAGAGGGAGAGGGUGA